AAUCUCUAAGAGAUGAUAAAAGUUAUAUUUAAUGUUGCUUAAAUGAACUUUAACACAAAAAAAGCUACGUACCUUGGAAAAUAGAGAGACAUAAGUGUUGACUAUAGUCAAAAUAUCAAGUAUCAAGAUAACUUUAGAGGAUACAAUACAUCUAAUAUUGAAAAACAAUAAAGAACCCACAUAAAUCUUCCUUGUUCCAUAUAAAAUGCGCCAAAAAGUGCAGCAUCAGCUGAGCAGAAAGUUCACCUUCACCCAAUGAACACGGCCAUACGACAUCGUACCACUAACACACAUACUACGAGUAGUUAUAAGAAGAACAAAACAUAUGAAAAAUCGAUACUAAAAUCUGCAACAGCAGCAGCAGCCGCAACGCGGUCCCCGGCCGCGCCCACUUAUCCGACAACUACUCGUGAAUCCCCAUCGAAGCUACAUACAAAUCUAAAGGAAGAAAUCCAAUAGGCCAAAAGCAUCAAAGUGUUCGGAAACCAGGCCAUACCCAGCAGGGACACUACCGUCGAGGCGGGAAGCCGCAGAAUGGUGGAUGCCAAACCGCCGCCCGCCCCCACACCGGGAGCGGUGCCGGGAACAACUCCGCCUCUGGCCGCCUUUGCCGGUGAGCGAUCCAAAAUCAAAUUGUUCAUGGAGCGAACACCCAGCAUUGGGGCCCUCAAGUCCAAGUUUCUCACUGUGCUGGGCAACAGCAAUGAGCUGCUCAACGGAAUAUCAAAUAAGUUGACUUUGAGCUACAGCAGUAGCGAUUCGGAUUACUGUGAUGACGAUGAGGACAUCCCCAAGUUUGAUGAGACGAUUGACUACACAAAAAUCGAUUUUGAGGGACGUCGGGUGAAGGCUCGCCGUGCCCAUGAGGAGAUCAUCUCGGGUCGCUACAGACAACCCAAUCUGGCGCCACUCCAACACUUAGGUCCCCGCCCGGAGCCCACUCGGGGCCGUCAUGGGGCCCCGAAACGAGGGGCAGCUGCUGGGCAGCAAAGGUCCAACUCGGCUUCGUCCAGCAGCUCUGGGGGCAGCAGCAGCGACGAGAGCAGCUCCAUAUCGCUGCCCGAGAAUGCGGCAGCGGCAGCGGCGGGGGCGGGGGCGGCAGCAGCACCGCGCUCCCACGAUGUGAGCAGCACCACGCGCUCGGAUUCCAUUGAGAGCCGCAACUCGGGAGGCUAUGAGCGGCCCAGGGCCAUUGCCGGAGCCCGGCGCAGUGAGAUGGACGUGCAGAAGGACAUGCAACGCAUUAUUGAACUGCUGGAGGCCAAUCCGCCCCACAUCGAUGUGCAGCCGCCCACAGAAGGGGGAGGAGAAGUCGGCGGCGGGGGAGGUGGCGCUGGCUCGGUCAACCGUCAGCCCUGGGGAGCCGGCAGCAACUCGAUGCGAGUGCCACCGCGCAGUCGCACUUCCAAUAGCAGCACCCUGACCAGCCUGCGGGAUGAGGUGGACCAGGUGCUGGCCAGCCCCAGCGUUGAGUCCACCGACUGGCGGCACUUUAUCCGCUCCGAGUCGCAGAAUUCGGUGCCCUCGUGGGCCUCCUCCAUCAGUCUGGACUGCCGCGCCGGGGAGGAGCCCGUCAAGGAGUUCAUGAGGCUCUUCACCGAGCUGCUGUUCUACAAUACUGCGUGCGUCAACCUGGAGCUGAAGUCGGAGUUCGGGGUCCUGCUCCGCCUGGAGAUCGGUCGUCUCUGGUUCACGCGCUUCCUCACUGAGCAGCGCAACAAAACGAAGCGUCUCGAAUCGGUCACCUUCCACGGACUGCCUCAGUACUUUGCCUUGGCCCUGUUCGAGUGUGGGGAAUGCGAGGACUUUGGCCCGGCAUCGGUGCUCAUGAAUCUCUGUUUUCUCUUCUACCACGAAAUUGAAGUUCCUGGCUGCGAUCCCUAUCGCGAGUACCUGUUUCUCUCCCUACGGCAGCAGCCCAUCUGGCAUCAGCUGCACUUCUGGGACACUGUCCUCUGGGACGCCAUGCAGGCGGAUCGGGAGCAUCGCCUCGCCAACGUACAGCGGCGCCAGCAGAGACGUCAGCAUAAGAAGCAGCAACGGGUCUCCAUCCCAGGAACAGAGGCACCUCUAACGCCAGCUCCAACGGGGACCACAGCACCGGAAACUGCAGAUAAACCCGUGCGCAAGCAUGGACCCGAUUCCUCAUCCAGCUCCUCGCAUCAGGGCGCAAACUCGGGUUAUCCUCCGGCGACCCGAAGGCAAAGCAAAUUGAGUCCCGGACAGCCGCCGGUGCUGGGUAAAGAACACGAGGACACUGUAUUCCGGCAUCUGGGCGCCCUGACCUGCAACAUGCAUUCGCUGGGCACACCCAAGGAAUUGUGCAUCGACUUUCUCAAACGACAUGCUCAGGGCCACGAACUAUCCAAGGAUAAAGCAAAGCUCAUCCGAGACAAUGUCCAUCGCAUGUACCAUGAGACGGAACUCUGGGGCGCACGAUAAGCCAAGCAUAAGAAUGGAAUGGCCAGGACCAUGAGGCAGCCUUUGAGCGCUCAGAACGAAGGACACAUCGAAGAGGAAGAGGGCCAGCUCUGGUGACGGCAUCGUGGAGUACCCCCUCAAGAUAUAUGUACUUGUAUGUGUGUCACACUGGAUUCCAAAUCGGCGCAGUCCUGGUACUCAUCCAUUGCCUCCUUCAAUGCCAUGCCUUCUAGGCGAUAUCACUAUUGGGAAGCCGAUCUGCAGUGGCCCACACGGACCGGGGUAACUGUACAUCGAGGUGGCACAGCGACAAAAGGGACAAGUCGCCGCUCCUUCCCUUCUCAGCCAUUCAGCCGUAGGGUGUUUACACGCGGUAUGUGCCCAAGCCGCAUCUACCCAAUGAUGUGGACGUGGACUGUCAUCAGCAGCAGUAUCAGAACCUCAAUCUCAACGAGGAACUCUUGAGGUCAGGCCUCACCGACGAACUCCUGCAGCCCACCGCGGAGAAGCAACCACAACGUGAUUUCGGAUUUCGCCUUUCCACACAAGUUUCCCAUAAUCUACAUUAAUGACAACCACUGGGACAUCAAUUAGCCGGCGGCCUGAAUCGAUCUGUACAUUGGUAGGAGGAGACCACUCUCUGCUGCUGACCAAGGGGUACUACAAUAAACGAGAGCCUGCAGAACUACCAGUGGCUACCAAUGGCUUCCGUCUCUGCGUACAAUACAGUCACGGACCUCUGGAUGCUCCUGCCCCUGGGAUGCCGAUGACUGUACCGAUGAGGUGCCGAGGCUGCUGUUCAUAUUGCUGGCCGAGGAACGCUCGUAGGGCGAGCAGUGAUUUCAUUGAAAUUAACUAUUACACAUAGCGAUA